CAUGAACAAUAACUAUACAUUUUAUUAACUUGAAAAAAAAAAAUUUAUUGCCUAAUGUUAACAAAUAUUGAUAAAUACUGUAAAAAAAAGUCAAUGCACAUAGUUAGAUAAUGUUGUCUAAUAUAUUAAUUGAUGUUAACAAGCGAGACCUUUUGUAAAGUGUUACCUUUUGUAAACCUUGUUACUUAUAAGCUCUGCAACCCUUACUAGCACAAACAUUAAACAGGACAAAAAGGUUUCUUCUAAAAUUUUACUCCAGCAUUACAGUGAAUGUAAUUUUGAAAAGAAAAAACAAAACAAACAAAAAAACAAUGAAUUCCAAAGGCACAAAAACAAGAAAACCAAAAUUGUCUGUCACCACCUUUUUUUAAGUUGUAUGAAAAAGUGCUGUUUAUGUCAAUGUCCCAGAAGCUCUUCAUUGGCAGAAAACCAUAAUGUCCAUAAAGCUGCGAACCACCUCUACACAGUAUGCAUAAAUGAACAUGUUCCAAAGAGGCAAGAAAGUAAAAAAAAUAAAUACCUGGAGGAAAAAAAAAAAAAAAGAAGUAAGAGUCAGUCCAUUAUUAUAAUUGGUUCAAUCGAAUGAAAUCAAUAGAUAUAGAUAUAUAUACAGAACUCCAAAGUUUAUAUACACCUUUGUAGGUUUGAAAAUAAUAAAAAAUGAACAAAGACAUUUUCCACCACCCUCCUAGACCCAUUUGGUAUUCCCUAAAGGCAAAGAGUUGCUGAUAGUGAUUGAAGCCUGUGGCCAAGAUGUUUACUGUGUACACUGUAAAAUUUUUCCAGGAUUUCACAAGAUAUAACUGUAAUAUUUCACAGUUAAUUACAUUAUUACCACUUCACAGGCUUUAACUGUGAUAAUUCACAAUAUAAUACCGUAUUUAGACUUUUACUGUGAAAAUAAUGCAGGCGCGGGGCUUUUACAAGAAACUACUGUGAAUGCCGUCUUUUUUGACUUUUUUGAGUGGCAACUGCGGCAGCGUCAUCAGAGCGUCAUCAGAGCUCUCUGAUCUACGUGGUCCCAUUCGGUGGAUUCAGACAGCGGUAAGUGUUUAAAUGUCAAACUUUAUCAAUUUGAUGUUUUUUAUAUGAUAGUGCAUGUAAUUUAAAAGUAUGAACCAAAUUAGCGUUAGUUGUAGGUUCUGUUGUCAUGUUUUUGUAACUUAGCUGGAGCAGACUCGCGUCGACGUUUAAGCGCGCAAAUUUGAAUGAAAAGACGUUGGUUGUAGUGUUAAUUAUACCGUAUUAAGUUAACUGUGAGAUGUCUGAUUAGAUACACCGUCGAACAUUUAACUUUAGCUUUACUUAAAGCUUAUAUUAGUUACUCUAACAGCGUUCUCUCUUUUACCACAGCUUCUACAUUGACCGACGAUACAUAAAGUUAUAAGAGGCAGUUUGAACUAGCACUUGUCAGAGGUAGCCGGAAUUGAUGUGACGAGUGGAGCAAGCAGAAAAUGGAUGAAGUAAUGAUGAAAGAAGUGGUGCUGUCAUUCAUACCUGGUCUCUCUGAAGAAACUCUGACUUCACUGCUGUAUGGGUUGCAAGAGCUUGGUGUGGAAAGCAAGGAAGACCUUGCUUUGGUUCAAGAAAAAGACAUAGAGAAAUACCUUCGACCUAUUCAGUGUCGAAAGUUACUGAAUGGCUUUAAAGGACUCGCAAUAGUUCAACUGGAACUGGUUCCUGUCACUCCAACCGUUGUCCCCAGCUCCUUAAACACUCCUUCCAACUUCCCAUGCACUCAAGACACCAUUUCAUCUCCAUCCUUGCCACUUGGCAGACCAUGGCAUGUAGCCUUCGAGGUCAACUGGGAUAGGAUGCCAGCAGCUAUUCGAAAGGCACUGACAAAUAAUACAAGACCAUCACCAAGCGAUAGAAAAGAUAUGGUUAGGGCAGUGGUUGAUCAGAUGUUGGAUCAUGAGCCUAACCCAAACAGAACAAUGUGUCACAACAUUGCUCGAAGCAUUGUAAGGAGCUAUCCGAAAUGUUUUGCUGACGUUGCAAAAAAUGGAGACAUGCUUGGAGAUGGUUGUCAUUCUUUUCUGCAGCAAAUAAAAACUAGGGUGGAAUAUAAAACCAGGAACAACACACUAGUGAGACGACGCAGAGAGAGGACGCACAGUCAGGUACCAGAUGAAGGCAGAGGCAUGACUAGAGGCCCUGUAGAUCAGUACGGCUGUGUAAGGUGGUGUCCUGUGGAAGUCCCAGUUGGCGAAACUGAGCAAUCAUUAGAUGGCAUCAAAAGUCAUCUCCUCAACAUCUACUCAGAGGAAGGCAUGAGUGGUGCUGAGAGAGCUGAACCUCUGAUGGAGAAGACCUAUAUCAUCCAGCGACGCUAUCUUAAUAGUGUACCUGCGCCAGCCAUUGCAGUUGUAAAAGAGGAAUGGCCUUUUCUCUUUUCACCAAGAGGUAUUUUUUCCCUAUUCCAUCUUGUGAAGCACAUGGCUCAUUGCAUGGGUGGAGUAUAGUCUCAAUCAUCCGAAAUGUAAAAUGCACAUCU